AGGGGGGGACCCGGCGGAGGAGGCGGAGAGAGGGAGCGCGACAGCGAGCGGAGGGAGGGCGGGCGCGCGGGCGGCGGCGGCGUCAAGACCAGAGGACGCGGCGCCGCAGCACCAGGGCGCGCAGCCGGGCCGGCCUGACCCCACCGGCCACACGGUGGAGCCAUCGGAACCCCCAAACCCGCCGGCAGCCUGAGGCAGAGUUUCACCGGCCUGUUUCACUCCGCGCCCGCCCGGAUCUAUGUCUAAGUUUUAACUCUCGGCUACAAAGACUACGAUCGUCCCUUCCCCAAAGCCAAGCCGCCCCCCAGCCCCGCGCAGCCCCAGCCUGCCUCCCGCCGCCCAGCUGCCCGCCAUGCCCUCCAGCGGCCCCGGGGACACCAGCAGCUCCGCCCUGGAGCGGGAGGAGGACCGCAAGGAGGGAGAGGAGCAGGAGGAGGCGCGUGGCAAGGAGGAGCGGCAGGAGCCCAGCACCACUGCACGGAAGGUGGGGCGGCCUGGGAGAAAGCGCAAGCACCUCCUGGUGGAGAGCAGUGACACGCCGAAGGACCCUGCGGUGACCUCCAAGUCCCCAUCCAUGGCCCAGGACUCAGGCCCCUCAGAGCUGUUACCCAAUGGGGACUUGGAGAAGCGGAGUGAGCCCCAGCCGGAGGAGGGGAGCCCUGCUGGAGGACAGAAGGGCGGGGCCCCGGCAGAGGGAGAGGGUGCAGCCGAGACCCCGCCCGAAGCCUCCCGAGCCGUGGAGAAUGGCUGCUGCACCCCCAAGGACGGCCGAGGAGCCCCCACAGAAGAAGGCAAAGAACAGAAGGAGACCAACAUCGAAUCUAUGAAAAUGGAGGGCUCCCGGGGCCGGCUCCGGGGUGGCUUGGGCUGGGAGUCCAGCCUCCGCCAGCGGCCCAUGCCAAGGCUCACCUUCCAGGCGGGGGACCCCUACUACAUCAGCAAGCGCAAGCGGGACGAGUGGCUGGCACGCUGGAAAAGGGAGGCUGAGAAGAAAGCCAAGGUGAUUGCAGUAAUGAACGCUGUGGAAGAAAACCAGGGGUCCGGCGAGUCUCAGAAGGUGGAGGAGGCCAGCCCUCCUGCAGUGCAGCAGCCCACUGACCCCGCGUCCCCCACUGUGGCCACCACCCCUGAGCCUGUGGGGGCUGACACGGGGGACAAGAACGCCACCAAAGCAGCCGAUGACGAACCAGAGUACGAGGACGGCCGGGGCUUUGGCAUUGGGGAGCUGGUGUGGGGGAAACUGCGGGGCUUCUCCUGGUGGCCAGGCCGCAUUGUGUCUUGGUGGAUGACGGGCCGGAGUCGAGCAGCUGAAGGCACCCGCUGGGUCAUGUGGUUCGGAGACGGCAAGUUCUCAGUGGUGUGUGUGGAAAAGCUGAUGCCGCUGAGCUCCUUCUGCAGCGCUUUCCACCAGGCGACCUACAACAAGCAGCCCAUGUACCGCAAGGCCAUCUACGAAGUGCUGCAGGUGGCCAGCAGCCGAGCCGGGAAGCUGUUCCCAGCGUGCCAUGACAGCGAUGAGAGCGACACUGCCAAGGCCGUGGAGGUGCAGAACAAGCAGAUGAUCGAAUGGGCCCUCGGAGGGUUCCAGCCCUCUGGCCCCAAGGGCCUGGAACCACCGGAAGAGGAGAAGAACCCCUACAAAGAAGUUUACACAGACAUGUGGGUUGAACCCGAGGCAGCUGCCUAUGCGCCACCCCCACCAGCCAAAAAGCCCCGGAAGAGCACAACCGAGAAGCCCAAGGUGAAGGAGAUUAUCGACGAACGCACAAGAGAGCGGCUGGUGUACGAGGUGCGGCAGAAGUGCCGGAACAUCGAGGACAUUUGCAUCUCUUGUGGGAGCCUCAACGUCACCCUGGAACACCCUCUCUUCAUCGGAGGAAUGUGCCAAAACUGCAAGAACUGCUUCCUGGAGUGCGCGUACCAGUACGACGACGACGGCUACCAGUCCUACUGCACCAUCUGCUGUGGGGGGCGUGAGGUGCUCAUGUGCGGGAACAACAACUGCUGCAGGUGCUUUUGCGUGGAGUGCGUGGAUCUCUUGGUGGGGCCCGGCGCCGCCCAGGCAGCCAUUAAAGAAGACCCUUGGAACUGCUACAUGUGCGGGCACAAGGGCACCUACGGGCUGCUGCGGAGGCGGGACGACUGGCCCUCGCGGCUGCAGAUGUUCUUCGCCAACAACCACGACCAGGAAUUUGACCCUCCGAAGGUUUACCCACCUGUCCCAGCCGAGAAGAGGAAGCCCAUCCGGGUGCUGUCUCUGUUUGACGGAAUCGCUACAGGGCUCCUGGUGCUGAAGGACCUGGGCAUUCAGGUGGACCGCUACAUCGCCUCGGAGGUGUGCGAGGACUCCAUCACGGUGGGCAUGGUGCGGCACCAGGGGAAGAUCAUGUACGUCGGGGACGUCCGCAGCGUCACGCAGAAGCAUAUCCAGGAGUGGGGCCCGUUCGACCUGGUGAUUGGGGGCAGUCCGUGCAAUGACCUCUCCAUCGUCAACCCUGCCCGCAAGGGACUCUACGACAGCCCAGCUGACGGCUUUCUCUCCCGCCUCUCAGAGGGCACUGGCCGGCUCUUCUUUGAGUUCUACCGCCUCCUGCAUGACGCGCGGCCCAAGGAGGGAGAUGACCGCCCCUUCUUCUGGCUCUUUGAGAAUGUGGUGGCCAUGGGCGUUAGUGACAAGAGGGACAUCUCACGAUUUCUCGAGUCCAACCCUGUGAUGAUUGAUGCCAAAGAAGUGUCAGCCGCACACAGGGCCCGCUACUUCUGGGGGAACCUUCCUGGUAUGAACAGGCCGUUGGCAUCCACUGUGAAUGACAAGCUGGAGCUGCAGGAGUGUCUGGAACACGGCAGAAUAGCCAAGUUCAGCAAAGUGAGGACCAUCACCACGAGGUCGAACUCCAUAAAGCAGGGCAAAGACCAGCAUUUCCCCGUCUUCAUGAAUGAGAAAGAGGACAUCUUAUGGUGCACUGAAAUGGAAAGGGUGUUCGGCUUCCCUGUCCACUAUACCGACGUUUCCAACAUGAGCCGCUUGGCGAGGCAGAGACUGCUGGGCCGGUCGUGGAGCGUGCCGGUCAUCCGCCACCUCUUCGCUCCGCUGAAGGAAUAUUUUGCUUGUGUGUAAGGGACAUGAGGGCAAACUGAGGUAGUGAUACAGUUAAAAAAAACAAAAAAAAACACACAAAAAAACCACAAAGAACAUGAGGAUGGAAAGAAGUAUCAGCACCCAGAAGAGAAAGGAAUUUAAAACAAAAACCAGAGGCGGAAACACCGGAGGGCUUUGCCUGGUGAAAAGGGUUGGACAUCAUCUGGUUUUUCAAUGUUAAUCUUUAGUCCUAUUUAAAAACAAUAUCAUGUUCCCUAGCCCCUCCCCCCCCCCUUUUUUUUGGUCAGAUCUUUUGUUUUCUACUCUUUUCAGAGGGGUUUUCUGUUUGUUUGGGUUUUUGUUUCUUGCUGUGACUGAAACAAGAGGGUUUAUUGCAGCAAAAAUUAACAACAAAACAUAGUAACAAUACCUUGCGGAGAGAGAAGGAAAAAAAGGAAAUUCUAUGGAAAUUUAUAUAUUGGUAUUGGAUUUUUUUUUUUUUUUUUACUAUAUAUCUUUUUGUUGUUGUCUCUAGCCUGAUCAGAUAGGAGCACAAGCAGGGGGCGGAAAGGAGAGACACACUCAGGAGGCCGAGACCCCUCCCAGCCGCUGAGCUGUCUUGCUAGCACCAUUCCUGGUCAUGCGAAGCAGAGCCCAACUAGCAGCAGGGAGAGGAACCACAAGACCCUUUUAUACAGUAUUUCAGGUGCCUACCACACAGGGAACCUUGAAGAAAACCAGUUUCUAGAGCCGCUGUUACCUCUUGUUUACAGUUUAUAUAUAUAUGAUAGAUAUGAGAUAUAUAUAUAAAAGGUACUGUUAACUACUGUACAACCUGACUUCAUAAUGGUGCUUUCAAACAGCGAGAUGAGUAAAAACAUCAGCUUCCAUGUUGCCUUAUGCGCAAAGGGUUUUAAUCAAGGAUGGAGAGGGGGAGAAGGUCCAUCACCACCCAGGUGGCUUUUCCCCUUGGCGUGCCACGGGGGUGAAGGACGGUUUGGGGGCCGCGUUGCCCUGCUUCUCCCUGCCAAAAAGGGGGUGAGAGGAGGUGGUCGGGACCGUGGACAGCUGAGAGCGGGAUUCAUCCAGGAUCACGCAAUAACCUUUUGAUUUUUUUUUUUCUCUCCCAAAAAAAGGAGACUCCCUCAGCAAGAUGGCAGGAUAAGGGGUCUCCCUUCCAAGUUUUUCACAUUAGCCGAUCUGAGGGCUCCCCGUGGUGGGAUCAGAACUGAUCCAGAGUGUGGGAAAGUGACCGUUAAAAACCCCACCUGGAGCGAAUAAAAAAACAUACAAAACGUACUGGUGCUUUCCUGUCUAAAGUCGCCUUUUGUGUGUUCUUUUAUGAGGCCCCACCAUCCGCCCUCUGUGCACAAGGUGGCUUCUGGCCCUGGAAUGUGAUGUUUUUGGUCAUCUCCAAAGGCUGCAGUUUUAUACGGGGAGGCUGACGACACCUUUCGUUAUAAUUAUUAUUCUUAUGGUUCUGGUUAUAAUUAUGUUUGUUUUCAGAUUUUUCGUUAAGAACACAAAAACCCAACCCACCCCCCUCCCCUUAAGGUUUCAAACCAAGGUGCGGGGAGCAGGGUGCUUCUAAGCUAGGGGUGGCCCUGGUGCCCUGGCUCCCCACCCCUCGGGCCAGGUGGGCCACCAGGUGCAGCGACAGGUGGGCGGCCCGGGAGUCCCCCAGGCCAGCCUUCCGGUGCGUCCCUCUUCUCUUCUACUUCCCCUCCUCUGGAGGCGUGUGUGUCAGGGCUGGAGGGAGGGCCGGCGUCUCUCUCCUGUGUGUGUGAUUGGAGUGGUGUGUAUUUCUUUUCUAGUGCUUUGGUCUGGUGAUCGCUGUGCUCUUAACCUGAGUCAGCAGCACCCGGAGCCCCAAGUGCACAACACUUGGUUCCGCUUCCUACCGAGGCGAGCAGCCUGGUGUUGGCAGUAGGCGGGACGCCAGUGGCGGCUCCAGGGUGAGGGCCCAAUGGGCGGAUGCUUGCCUGGAUAGAUGGGGUGUAGAUAUGUGGCAUAUAGAGAUAUAUAUUUUAUAAUGGGAGGGGGGAUGGCACCUCCUGGGACCGGCAGGGCUGGGAGGUGUGCUGUCAAGCACAUGGUCCCAAGUUCGCAUCCCUAGAAACGGCCUAUGGUGAUAGGCACUAUAUAAAUAGAUAGGGUCAUGUAUAAGAGAUAUUAUGGAGUGGGGACCGGGAAGUGGGGCUCAGGAGGCUGAGCUUCGGGUCCCGCUGCAGACGUAAGCCCCACACCAGUCAAUCCCACACGCAUACACAGGAACAUGUCCAUCCCGAUGCAUAACAGAUGCACUCACACCGCCAGGGAGCACCCCGCCACUCCCCCAGGAGUCAGGACUUUGUGGAGUCGGCCCUGCAGCUCUUUACCUCUGUUGCCCUGAUUGCAGGUAGACUGUCAAUCCCAGAAGUUGCUCGGUGCUGAAGGCAGGAAAAGGAGGAGGUUUUAUUUUAGCAGGUGCUCUCCUCUAGCAGGUAGCGUGCUCUCUCUUUUGCCCCUGGUGAUGUCAAAAGACUCUUCUGUUAGCAACUGUGAUACUGACCUGCAACUCUAGGCACCAGUAAAGUCAGCCCUCAGCUCCCCCUACCUAUUCUCCCCUCAACCAAAAUGAAAUUACAUCCAGGUCUGUCUUGGCCAAGGGGCUUCCACUCAAAAAAUAAAAGUAAAAAUAAAAAAAUGGGACAGGGAACCACAUGUUUUGAAUCAAGCAAAUUAGUAAUUUGGUGACAAAAUUAAACCAAGGCUUUGAAUCCCUUGCUCAUUGCUCAGGAGUAAGCUCACAGCCGGUAGCCAGUGUCCUGCUCCUUUUAGGGGUGCUUAGUUCUGGACCCCAGUCUACUCAUUUCCUUGUCAGAUUGGCUUUGAAGAUCACACCCAGUUGCUUCCCGCCAGCUCUGUGGUGGCAGGUGGUGAUGGGCCCCCAGGGGGCUGGAGUGGCCAGGAGGGGUACCUUUGCCCCUCCCUCUCUGGAGUCCCUGUACCUGACUGGUGCUCACCCGUCUCCUCGUGCUCCAGCCGCUCCCUCUGCACCUGGAGACGGCCAGCACCACUAGGAGGGCUGGGGGAGGAGGGCUGCCGCAGCAGCCCAAGGUGCUCCCUCCCCCGCUGGCCAGUGCUAGGUCUUCCCAGCCCCCAGUGUCAGGACGGCGCGGCCUUCCAAUGCAGACACUUGGAGCUUGCAGGCUCUCCUGGGUCUUUGUCCGCCGCUCACGCGAAGGCAUUCGCCUUCCCCCAUGGCCCAGGCUGCACCCGAGGGGUGGUGUGGGAAGCCAAGGAGGUGGCAAGCCCAAGGAUCAGCGCGGCCGGCCAGCUUGCUCAGGGAGGUGCGCUGCGGCCGACCCUUAAGAGCGCAUGUUCCUCCCGGCGGGGCAGCCUGACGAGGCCCUAGGAUGGACCAGGUGCCCCUCGCGGGGGUGAGGGUUCAUCACCAGCCACCCCGUGGGCUCAGUCCCGCAGUAGAACGUGGUGCGUGCAGCGGACCUUGGGGACAGGCCCACUUGGCCGUGCCCGGAUGCUCUUACUCCGCUUCCAACCAUAGGGGGACUUCUGGGGGCAGGCCCAGGUUACCGGCUAAAGGGGAGCUGUGCUCCAACAGGCCGGUGGUCGAGGAUUAAGUGGGGUUGUUACACUUGCUGUGGAUGAGGCUGAGGGUGGAGGCAGUGGAGCAGGAGACACCAAACGGCCCAGGGAAGAUGCUGGAGUAUGUUCCCGUGGCAUUUUCUUUCUAAAGAGCAGGCCCGUUUACCCCUGAAAGCCAGGCUUCUCGAGAUUGAGGAGGAUGCCUCCCAGUUACUGCAGGUGCCAAGUGGAGUGUGAUGCCAGAGGUCUGGGGAGGUAGCCCAGCUCCUGCCAGGGCCCCAGAGCCCUCGGUCGAGGCCUGAGGAGGAAGCUGGUCUCCAGCAGGCAGUGCUGGGCCCUGUUGGCCUCAGGCUGGCUGGUGCUACCCCUUGCCCCGUGGAACCGGCUGCGGGAGCAGCAGGUGCGGAUUUGCCGUUGGCAGGUGACAGUGGUGUGUUCCUAUCCGUUUUCUGUCCAGACCCCAGAGCCUUCUUGCUAUUGGACAUCGUGUUAGCAAAGUUCAUGGGAGAGGAUGCAGGACUUCGGAGCUCUGGGGACAGGCCUGGGAGUGGUUGGCUGUUGGAGAUGCCCGUGUGGUUUUUGGUGGGUCGCGAAGGUGUAGGUCAGGACAGGCAGACCCAGUGGGAAGACUGUUGGACACGGGAGUCGUCUCACGGAGGGCUGGCUCCCUGCUCUUCCCGCUUAGCCGGCAAUUCUGGGGACGCCUGUGUGGGAGUAGCCACCAUCUCCACACAGGGAGGUCUGGAACAGGAGCAGGAAGGACAGCUCAGCGGGCCGCCUGGGAAAGGACGUAGGAAAACUGGAACCGGUCGUCCUCACAUCUCUGAUGGUAGACGUAGACGUGGAGUCAAUGCUGGAGGUGGUUGUGAGCGCCUGUCGCCACCCUGCUUGGUGCAGAGUCGCUGUGGCCCUGGUAUCUUUCAGAGGUCGUUUUCCGGGAAACAUACAGGCACCCCCUGGAGCUGUGGGCGAGGGCCCUGGGGCCUGACGGGCACUGAGGUCUGAGGAGGGCAGGCAGUUCCUUUGUGAGGGGAGCAGCAGAGCCAAGGUUUGGGUGAGAACUGAGUUUCCAGCCAGGCCCCGUUUUGAUCUGAAUUUGUCAUCUGUUGUCCGGUCCGGUUGCUCCCAGGCCUUGUGAGUAGAGGUGACCCUGGAGUUGUCCUGCCUCCGGCGGGAAGCAGCGAGCCCCUCCCCCAGCCCAGGAUGGGCAGGUGUGUGGAGGGCUGGCCAUUCCCUCUGAGGCCAGUGUGUGGAGGGUCCGGGAAGAGAGGGCGUAGAUGAGGAUGGACUCCGCUGUCCGGCAGGAGCUCUCGAAUCUUUCCAUCUCGGGAAAGGAAGGCGGGGUCUUUGGGAAGCAGGGCAGCCCGCCCCGCACCUGUGUGUUGCAGGGACCCAGCCGAGGCGGCCUUUGGUCGGGGACCGCUUGCUCGUCGCUGUUCUAGGCAGUGGAGUUUGGGGGAGGCCGUAUACCAGGUCUCAAGCAGCCAGGACAAGGAUGGAAGGUCCCUCUGCUAGUUGUGACCGGCUAACUCGCCCGAACGGAGGCCCAAGGACUCCUGAAACUGGAAAUCUCCCCCCCACGCGCUCCCGGGAGGGGCGUGGGAGGGCGGCUUUCUCAAACCCCCGUCCAGUGGCCUCCAGCCCCGAGCCUGAGGGCGUGAGCAGGGAUCGAAAGCCUCACCUUAGUCCCAUUUCACUUCACGGACUGAUUUGGCCGCACAGCCCUAGAACCCAACGACCAACCACCACCAAAAGAAAAGGCCGAAAUUCCUUAGAAUACGCAGAGGGAGGAGGUGACUCAACAAGGUGCUAAAAACAUUUUAUUAAAAAUAUAUAUUGUUAAAUUAAGUCUGCUGUCUGGACAAUGACUGUUUGUUUUGUUUUCUUGUAGUGAAGUUUAAAAGAGACUAUUAUUUUACUCUGAUAUAUUAUUAUUAAAAAGGCAUUUUAACUUUGUACUUGAAAACUAAAUGAGCGAUUUCAUGUGUUUUAGCUGAGGCAUUGAAGUAGCGGGUGCUUAUUUGUGGGAAACCAUGUAUUCAUACUGAAGAAUAAACUCCGUAGCUGAUUUGGUAAUAACGUUCCCUGUUACAGACGAUUUCGCUUUGGCUCCGUUGGCAGAGCACUGUCACUCCACAUUCCACGCGGCUCGAUGCAGGACUGCCGCCCCGCCCCGCCCCGCCCCGGCCCGCCCCGGCCCUCGCCUGCCCUUUUCUCUUCAGUUCCUCUCUUUUCCUUUCAUUGUUUUUCUCCUGGUUCCAGCAUCCUUUCACCACUGUAUUAUUAUUUUUUUUUUAGGGUUGCUUCUCUAUUUAUUGACAAUAAUAAUGUACAUUUCACAGUCUGGUUCUGGGACAUCGGGUGGGGCGUGUGCGAGGGGCCCGAGCGGGUGCCCAGCCCGGCCGCCAGUGUCCUGUUGUAUCUCUGUGUGUGAUGCUCGUGACAUAGCUGUUUAUGAAAUAAUUAAAGAGGUCAGUGCGUACAGCCGAUGUAGAAAGUCUGUCAGUUCCGCCUUCAUCACAUUUUUUUUUGUGCCCAGAAGAAUAUAAUAAAGCUCCUUUCUAAUGUA